AUGAACCCACAUCUCGAGCAGGUGGCAGCCAACACCAAGGGCAUCGCCCUGGUGGGGGAGCUGAUCCGGGAGCACGGACUGCCCACAGUCCAGGCCUACAUGGCGUUCAUCCAGUCCAACGCCGAGGCGGCCGUGAGGGACAUGCUGCGCGACUUCUCUCUGAGACAGGGCCUGCCGGAGGUCGGCACAGUCAGCGCCGAAGAUCAGAUGGACGACGGCUCCCCCAUCUGCCUGGCGGUCACGAUCGACCGCGGCGACGGCAGCGCCACCUUUGACUUCACCGGCACGGGGCCGGAGGUCUACGGCAACUGCAACGCGCCGCCCGCGGUGGCGUACUCGGCCAUCAUCUACGCGCUGCGCUGCAUGGUCACGCGCGACGGCUGCCUGGCGCCCAUCAGUGUGGUCAUCCCGCCCCAGUGCCUGCUCAACCCCAGCCCGGAGGCGGCCGUGGUGGGCGGCAACGUCCUCACCAGCCAGCGCGUGACCGACGUUGUGCUCAGGGCGUUCGGGGCGGCCGCGGCGUCGCAGGGCUGCAUGAACAACUUCACAUUCGGGGACGAGGGCAUGGGCUACUAUGAGACGAUCGCCGGCGGCGCGGGCGCGGGGCCAGGCUGGGACGGCCGCAGCGGGGUGCACACGCACAUGACCAACACGCGCAUCACGGGGUCAAGCCCCAGCCCCACUUGA